AUGAUUUAUCGCAUCCUCGUCUCGGCGUACACAGACUUCAUCUCAACUCUCACUUUUGACCCUGCAACAUCCGCUUUGGAGGUAGCAUCCAUCGUUUCUGUUGGCCAAAAUCCAUCCUGGAUCACUUUUCAUCCUACCAAUGGCGACCACUCUUUGGUCUGGACUGGGUUGGAGCGGGCCGAGGGAAAGAUACUCGCUUUAAAGUAUGACGCCGAUGGACAAGGAAAAAUUGUAGCAGAAGCGCCAAGUGAAGGGGAUGACCCCUGUUCAUUGUUCGCGACAGAGGAUCAGUUAAUUAUCGCAAAUUAUUCUUCAGGCAGUCUUACUUUUCUCCCAAUAUCACCAGAACCCCCUUAUCUGAUUUUAUCUCCAAUCACCAUUCAACUGAGUGGAUCUGGCCCGAACAAAAACAGGCAGGAGGGGUCUCACCCACAUCAAGCCAUGAUUCACCCAGAAUAUCAAGAACUCUUUGUCCCAGACCUUGGUGCUGAUCGCGUAUGCCGCUUCAAAAGGCGGGGAGAUGGUUCGUGGAAAAUUCAUGGACACAUUGGAUACGCAAGUGGCGGUGGCCCGCGUCAUGUAGCGUUUUACGACGGCCAUCUUUUCACAGUCCUUGAAUUAUCAAACAAGCUUGUGCGACACCGCUUACCUCCACUCCCCGCCCUUCCAACUUUGGUAGCGUCCACCCCGACCAUGUCUCAACCUCUACCUCCGGACAACGACAUGAUCGCAGCAGAAAUUCUUAUUCCGGUUCCGAACCCAUCAUUCCCGACGCCUUACCUCUAUCUUUCGAAUCGGAAUGACCCGUCGCCGGAGGGUGACAUCAUAUCAAUUUUUGCAAUCGAGAAUCCAGACACGCUCGAACUGGUAGCAGAAGUCAGGACAGGCAUGACGCAUGUUCGCGCAAUGCAAUUUGGCGGUCCGGACGAUAAAUACCUGAUCGCCGGCGGCACGAACGGCGGAGGAGUGAAGGUCUUCGAAAGAGUAAAUUUAGGCAAGGGUUUGAAAGAGGUCGCGGCAAAUAUUUCCGUAAAAGCCCCGACGGCAUUCUUGUGGUUUUGA